CCACCCUGAAAAACCAAGAUGCCUGAUGUGAAAACUCAUCGUCGGAAACAUUCUACACGCGUUGAACGUCAAUAAUUAUAUUGUUUUUAAUAAUAGCCGAGGGUGAAAAUCGGGAGGGUUGUGUUGUAAGCCGUUGUUCGGGGGAAAAGGAUGAGCGAGAGGGAAGAGAGGGUUAUGACUGUGUUGUGUUGUGUUGUGACGUAACGGGAGGGAGUCUGUAAAGAACUGGGAGGCGGGAGUGACAAGACCGAGUUCCAGUAUGCAAUGAGAGGGCAAAGCAAGCACAAUCAGGAGUAAACAGGAGGUGGCCGGGGUAAAAACACUAUUUUCUGUAUGAAUACCGGUGUAGAAUACGGACGGGUGUUAAACUGUGAAGUGUGUUUGUUUAGGUCGCGGUCUAAACUGAGUUUGCUAUUGAUUGCUUUAGCCUUGAACAAGUGAUAUUGAGCCGUGCAUCGAUUUGGUGGAGUAGGCCAGGAAUGAACUUGGUAAACAGUGUAGUAGAGACUGGUUGUAAAAGUGUUUAAGAGAGCGGAGGACUCCGGGAUGUCGGGUGUGCGGAUGGGGUAACGUGAGGCGAUUGGAAAGGGGGGACGAAUGCAGCUGCUCUUCUAGCGGACAUAUGCCAGUAAAUAUUCACGGAGCGUAGUGAGAGGAGGCGAGAGGUUGAGCCUGAUAUCGUAGUGAGUGUUACGGAUACCUAUGUUACGGAAGAGCGCUCUAUACUCGGUUUCAUGCCCUCAGUAUUGAUCCGAUGUUGGCUGUGCAGUAGUCGACGACGCAAGUAUGUUCAAAGUCGGGAAAAUGUUCUCCUUCGGUCGGAACUCUCUCUAUUCCGUGAGUUAAACGAAAUAAAAUUUUCCGGUCCGAUGUGGUUCAAGUGUGUGUAGCCGAGUGCCGUGAAAGGCUAUUAACUAAUCUCUAUGAAAUACCAUGGAAGCUAUCGUCGAAAUGGCGGAGAAUCAAUCGUUAGGAGAGGGUCUUGUGUCUGUGGAAACGGUCGAUUCGGCGGGCCUAAGCACGCAUGGCUUGAUGUCCGCUGGCGGGCUCAACAUUUCCCGUCCUGUCGUCGCCAGGAGAGGAGUGCUUUGCGACGAGUUAGAAGUAGACGUCAAAGAGGAGAGUGGGGGCGAACUUUCAGAGUGCGAGGAAAGCAAACAGCUUUCAGUAAUAGUACAACCACACGAACAAGAAGAUUCACGAGAUUCCCGUUUACUUAGUCCUGGAAAAAUAUCCCCGUCCUCCGUCAGUGGUAUAUCAGUAAGUGUGGCAGGAAUGAUAGACGCAGGUGAUUUUCGUUCUUUACAACCCGAACCGACUUAUCAGACGUUGACGUCCGUAAACGGAAGGAUGUCUCCACCAGGAUUCAGCCCUGGGUCGUCAUAUGCCACACUGACACCUUUGCAACCCUUACCUCCUAUAUCGACGGUGUCGGACAAAUUCGCCUACGGACACACGACGAGUAGUGUCAACGGAUCGUUUACUGUCAUGCAAAACAACGGUCUCGGACUUUCGAUGGGUGUCAAUUCUCCUUAUGGCUAUGACAAACUACCUUCAAUGAGUAUGUCCCCCCAUCACUACUCGCCCAACAAUUUAUCCGGUAUAGGAUUAUCACAGCAACACUCUCCUUUGUCACCACAAAGUACCUACAGUCAAAAUGGCCUUAACUCACCUCCUAAGAGCAUGUCACCCAACGGGUACGAUUCUCCUUACAACCAAAGGGACCUCGUCCGAGGUGGUCUCGGUGGACAGAGUCCGCAAUUGAGCCCACCGUCGGCAUCACUUCACUCUCCUCCGAGCACGUUAGUAGGCGCUCAGUUUACAACUUCUGGUUCGUUGCCUUCUCUCAACGGCUUAACGACAAUCACUCCUCAUCCACAGACCCCGACUGUUGUUGUAUCACCUCAUCAUUCUCCUCCGGCCCUUGUACAACGAGAAGCAGUCGUUGUCACGGCCACAUCACCUCCUAAACAACAACAGACAUCCACGAUAACGCUGAAAACCGUCACCCAAGCCUCAUGCCCUUCUGUCGGAACAGGAAACAACGAGCUCGAGGAAAUCAACACCAAAGAACUCGCUCAAAGGAUAUCUGCCGAAUUGAAACGAUAUAGCAUUCCACAAGCCAUUUUCGCUCAACGAGUCUUAUGUAGGUCGCAAGGAACACUAUCCGAUUUAUUGAGGAACCCGAAACCUUGGUCCAAACUCAAGAGCGGCCGAGAAACGUUUCGCCGAAUGUGGAAAUGGCUUCAAGAGCCUGAAUUUCAAAGGAUGUCGGCGUUGAGGCUAGCAGUUUGUACAAGCAGCAUGGAUGUACCUUCACAUAAACAAAAUGUGUUCCGAGCAAAUGAAGUUGGUAACAUGCAAACCGGAUACGGAGGGGACUCGCCGAUCAUCGAUAGAGCAGGUAAUUGGUUGGCAGUUUCGUCACCUGUGGAUAGUGCUGCGCAGAUCCCACAACGAGGCACUUGCAAACGGAAAGACGAAUCAACGAUCCACUCAGACCAUACAUCUGCUCCCAAGAAACCACGUUUAGUUUUCACAGACCUUCAGCGACGUACCCUGCAGGCUAUUUUUAAGGAAACGAAAAGGCCUUCAAAAGAGAUGCAGGUGACCAUCGCAAGACAACUCGGACUAGAACCAACAACAGUUGGCAAUUUUUUCAUGAAUGCAAGAAGACGAUCAAUGGAUAAGUGGAAAGACGAGACUGAAACAAAACCAUCUGGGAACAUCCAGUCACCUAGUGACAACAUUGGCCAGCAAGACCUCUUGUGACAUAGUCCAUUUCCAGUACAACAUCUCGUCUUUCUAUGAGCUUACCAUGUCUUCACUGCACAGACUGUUGGCACCCUAUUUCUCAAGUACGAUCUGCACAGUUCUUGUAUACAAUAUCAUAUAGAAAUAUCGGGCCGUACUUGUUUCAAUAGUGCAAAGGAGAUUCAUAUGGAAAUAUCUAACAUUCCGUCCACUGGGUACAAUGAACCCAUAUUUUGCCAAAAGUUUAAAAAAAAAAUCAGUGACAACAUAUAUACCCUGGUUACUGUUCUAUGAAUAUUCUAUAUUACAAAGCAUAAUAAUUAAUAACUACUAUUAUAAUAAAUAUUGUUUGAUAUAUUUUUUAAAGUUUUCACUUCUUCAGAUUCUAACAUUCUAAUUGUUUCAGAACUUAGUAAACAAAGAUGUGAUGUUAUUUGGUAACAGACAAUUAUUUUAUUUUGUCUAGUUACUGUGGGAUAAGCGGUUUAUCUAGUCUGGUAGAGUGUCGGUUUUGCUGUAAUCAUUGAUAAAAGAAUGAAUGUUAUUCGAAUAACGCUCACCCUUUCCUUAAGUGGAUAUACUUAUGAAAUUAGUACAACUGAACUCGCACAUUUGUAUAAAAUGGACAAAAAUUUAGAUAUUCUUAUUUAUAAUGUACAAUUAAAUAUAUGAAGAACUGUGUAUGAUUGGGUAGAGGAAAUAGUUGUGCCUUGCAUUAAGACAAUAGCACCUUUGGGAGAUGAAGCUUUAAAGUACUCCAUUGCCAAUGUACUUAUAUAAAACAAGUGUCCUAACACUAAAAAUUACUAUUGAAAAAAAAUCAGAAUCAUACUUCAUAAUUGUGACAACAAAAUGCAGUGCUCAAAGCAAUAUCUUGAAACUUUUUUAUUUAUUUAAUGAUUUUUUUAGCAUUUGAGGUGCCAUAUUUUAUUAUUUACAGCCACCUUUUUCUAAUUUAUGAAUGAAAAAUAUAAUUAUUUUGAGCAGUGUAUGCUGUUGAGAAAGUGUAGAAGUUCUACAAUUUUAUUGUUUCAUUUUAAAACCAAAGAUUAUUAUUCAUUUUUGCAAAACAACGAUUAUUAAUCGACAGAGUUAUUUAUUUAUUACUGAUUUUUUAAGUAAAAAUAUACUACAUUAAUAUCUUCAGUAGAUAUUGUUUUCGGACAGUCAUGGAAUAUAUAAUUUUUUAAUUUAAAUUUUAUAUUUAAUUUAUGUAGCUUUUAUCAAAACAGACUCCAAAUGUUCUGUGUUACAUUCUUAAAGAUGUAUGUUUAUUUUAAUCAGUUAAAACGUAAAGUGAUAUUAAAACAUUCCUUCAAUAUUGUAUCUAGUCUUAAGGAAAUGUCAUAGAGAUAUCUAGUCAAAAAAAGAAAUGAAUUAAUUUAUUUAUUGUUAAAGUUUUUGUUCUAGUCAAAAAAAAAAAUGUUGUUAAUAUGCCUAAAGUCAAGGGUUUCACCAUAACAAAAAACAAUUUCCACUAGUCUUGAUUCGAAUUCGAGUUUUAACAUUCCAAUGAUAAUUUGCCAAAGAAGGUUUUUACUAUGUAAAAAAUGAA